CUGAUCAACAACAACCCGCCUGAUCAACAACAACCCGCCUGAUCAACAACAACCCGCCUGAUCAAUAACAACCCGCCUGAUCAACAACACUACUGUAUUAUUGUGAUUAGUGACCGGGGGUGAAAAGUUAUAUUUCCAGCACUUUUAUUUUAAAAAAAUCACAUUUAAAUGAAGUAGAUCGUGGCUGGUUGACCUCGUUCUUCUCAUUAUCCAUUGAUCACCGGAAGCGAAAAGGAAAGUAUGGAUGAAGACCCCGAAGUCAGGCUGAUUGAAGAAGCAAUUGAAGCUGAACUGAGGAAAAUCAGCAUCUCGCCCACAGAACUAGACCAGCCUGAAGAGGACUCUGUAGAAGACAUUCUCGUUGAAACAGAUCAUGAUUCGGAUGAUCUACCUGAGUCUGUUCUCUACUGUCUGGAACGAGUGAAGAGUAGAACUGAAGAGUUCGAAAAACUAUUUCUUGAAGAUUUGGAAGAAACAGACUAUGCUGCUUAUAAAGUUGUCCAUUCUGAUGAAUUAGAGUACUUGACAGAAUUGGCUGCAGAGAUCAGUGAGGAAGAUCCUUUGAACCUGAAGGAGAGGGUACAAAUAGACGAUAAAGAACAGACACCACUGGCUCUCACAGAAGACCACAGGGAUAUAAGACUCAGUUUACAAGCAGGGACAGCUGACCAGAGGGACAAGGAUGAGGCAAUAUCAGAUGAUGAUGAAGAUGAUCUUAUGUCUGAGCACCUAGAGGUAGAAAAACAAUGUUGGCUAGCCCUCCAGCACUGGGAGAUUGAACAAAUGGAGUUGCAGAAAGCACAACAGGCAAAUCUGAUAGAACAGAGAGAACGAGAGAAGAAACAAGAAGAGGAGAUAGAAAUGAUCAAAAUCAGACAGGAGCAAUUUAAAGAGGAGCUGGAGAAAUUCACCAAAGAAAGGCUGGAAACGGAGGCCAAACUGGAAGAGCAAAUCCAACAGGAACAAGAGGCUUCGGAACAGGAUCUGAAACAUCACAAGGAAUUGAUAAAAACACUGCAGAGAAAAGUGGAUGAAGAGAGACGGACUUUUGAAGAAAAGGAGGCUAAAGAGAGAAAACGAGUGGAGGCACUGCAAUGCAGAGCGGCAACAACAAUUGAAAAACAAAUUCGGGCACAUCUGGUGUAUAAAAAGUAUGCUCCAAUACUGAAGGAGAAGCGAAAGGGAAGAAAGAGAGAAAAAGAGCUAGAAUUAAAGAGAGAGGCAGAGAGUAGACAGGAAGAAGCAGCAAAGUUGAGAAGGGAAGAGGAGCGAAGGAAGCUGGAAUUUGAGAAGGAAAAGGAAGCAGAACGUGAAAAGCUGGAAAAGAAGAGACAGCUGAAGAAACAGCAGGAGGAAGAGAAAAGGAAAAAAGAGGAGGAAUUACAGCAAAAGAAAAAAGAAGAGCAACGAAGAGAGGAAGAAAGAAAGUUGGCAGAAGAGAGAAGGAAAAGGGAGGAAGAAAGAAAAUUGUUAGAAGACAGAAGGAAAAGGGAGGAAGAGCAAAAAUUGGUGGAAGACAGAAGGAAAAGGGGGGAAGAACAAAAAUUGGCGGAAGAGAGAAAGAAAAGGGAGGAAGAAAUAAAGUUGGCAGAAGAGAGAAAGAAAAGGGAGGAAGAAAUAAAGUUGGCAGAAGAGAGAAAGAAAAGGGAGGAAGAAAGAAAGUUGGCAGAAGAGAGAAAGAAAAGGGAGGAAGAAAUAAAGUUAACAGAAGAGAGAAUGAAAAGCAAAGAAAAACAAAAGGAAAAAAUGUCAUUCGAAAAGAAGAAGGAGCUGAGGUUAAAUCAAGAGGGAAGUAUUAUUGUGAACAAAGUCAGGAAUAAGGAAAUUGAGCAAAAUUUAAGUCUGUCAGAGAAUCUGUCCGUGGUGUUACAUCAGAGUGAAUGUGAACACAUGCCACAAGAUUUUAAUAAACCUAGAGCUUUUAGCAAAGACAAAGAAACAGCAGUACAGAAUGCAACUAAACUGGCCACAGAUACUAAUUUGGAAAUGGAACUUCCUACAGAAGAUACAGUGAAAAAUAUAACGGAGAAAAAUGACAGAUGUAAAGUUACUAUCAUGCCAACAAAAAGCAGUGGUUUUGUGCAAGUGACCAAUCCACGUGUUUUCACCGACUGUCUCCCAAGAAGAGAAACAUGUGAAACGAAACCGGUAUUAAAUACAGAGCAUAUUAAUUAUCGCAAUGAAGGUUCAUUUGAAUUAACCCAAAGUAUAGCACAUAAAUUAGAGAUGAAGUCCCGAGUCAGGGCACUUACUCUGCCUGAUCAUAUUGAACAAAAGAGACUAAAUUGGAUGAAAACUUGUACUCCUUGGUCCAAAGUUAGCAGAGGAAACAAGAUGAAAAUAGUGAAACAAAGAAUCAGACCGCAUAAAAGUUCAGCCAGCCAAUUGCUUGCUUUGAAUCCUGGGUUAAUACUCCAUUCAGGGAGCUGGACUUCACUUCAACAGGUUACAACGGUCACCUUUUGCGAUUUGCCUGGCUGCAACCUAUCCACUCUCUCCCAGUGCCCAAGCCUCAAGUCAUUGACACUCCGAAACUGCAGACUGGAAACACUGGAGGGAAUCAGUCAGUGCAAAGGUUUAAAGUACAUUGAUGCACAGGAAAAUAACCUUCAGAAUAUCCACUGCCAUGAUCUGGAGGAUCUUUGCAUUCUUCUGCUCAGUAACAAUCACAUAACCUCCAUGCAUGGUCUAGAAAAUUGCAGCAACCUUCAGGUCCUUGAACUAUCACAUAAUCAGAUCACCCGUAUAGGUGGUCUUGAAUCACUCAACAAACUUCAGAGGUUACUAGUGGAUCAUAAUCAGUUGAUAAGCACUAAAGGAUUGAGUGAGACGCCUGUUCUUCUCUACCUUGAUUGCUCCUAUAACCAUCUCAACCGCAUUGAAGGCAUAGAUAACUGUGGGCUUCUUCAAAACCUAAAGUUACAGAGCAACAGCCUUUCUGAGCCACCCAGAUUAGAGAAUCACGUUCUAUUACGGGAAUUGUGGCUGGGUGACAACAGCAUUUCCUCUCUACAGACACUCUCUAAUUGCUGGCUGCCAAUGCUCCAACACCUCUCUGUCUUCCAGAACAGGUUGACACAUCUUGCUACCAUGUCCGAUUUUGUGUCAUUGGAGAGGCUUGAUCUUGGCAACAACCGAUUAUCAGAUCUCAAGAGCUUUCUUUCAUGUCUUAAUGGAUGUCAUAGUCUGCUGCAGUUGAUACUAGAAAGGAAUCCAUUUCAGCAAGAAUUAGGAUGGAGAUGUUCAGUGCUGAAAAUGUUACCAGGCCUAAAGGUGGUGGAUGGUGAGAGGAUCAGUUCCGCUGACCAGUCUCCUUUAGACAGGACCAGCAUGCCUUCACCUGGGAGUUUCUUGGCUUUCUGUCAGGCCAAGCUUCAGAGCUUUGAGUUAUUGCUCAGGAGACAUGAGACCGAACAAGGAGGAUUGGACCCACUGGAAGUUGUAAAUAUUCGUUGCCAGCACUGUGAAGAACUGAUGCAGCUGGCUGAAGAAUGUAGAUAUGCCCAUGAGUUUGGAGACUUAACCAUUGCUGAAGAGAAGGAAUAUUCCAAUAUUCACCACAAGGGAAAUCUCAGUGUCAGAAAUCAACAUAAGAAACCAGCGACUGGCCACGCUAACAAAAAUAGUCCAGACACUGACAGCCAAAUUGUUUCUAACCAGGUUCAGACCUCUGUAACCCACUCUUCUGAAAGCAGAAAGGAAAGUGAUCACUCACACAUAAUGUGUCAAGAUUCUAAGCACUCUAAGGACCCCAGAGUCCUUUUAAAUGAGGAAGGAACUGUCACUUCUCCGGAAGAUUGCAGAAUAAGCAACGACCAAGUACAUUCCAAACACAACGGGAAGGCACCAGGCCCUCAGACUAAAGAACGUUUGGUGGGAAAAUACCUUCAGCAUAUUCAGUGGGACAAUUUGGAAAACCAUGCAGCUACUAUCCUCCAGUGCCAUUGGCGGGGGUAUGUUACACGCAGAGACAUUCACUUGUGUAUGGAUCUGCAUUGCGCUGCUGUAGUGAUCCAGGCGGCAUGGAGGGGGUAUAGUGCCAGAAAGAGCAACCUAUUAUGCAACAUUACUAGAAGUCCAGCCAGGAGGUGGAAGAAAUCUGCAGGUAGUGGAGCAGGAAAUAGUAGGGCAGCCACUAUUAUCCAGGCACACUGGCGAGGCUACCUUCUGCGGAAGAAGCUGUCUCAUGCUUUAGCCACUGUUCAAGCUGAGGAAGAGGACUACAACUUUGAAGAGGUCAAUCUAAGUGAAUUUUCAUUUGAUGAGGCUGCCUUGGAAAAAGACUGGGCAAUAGUGGACUCUCAGACAUUUCCUUCCUAUGCUCUCCUGCAUGCAAACCAUUUGCUUCAUCUAAAGCCUCCUGCUCAUUAUGCUCCUGCUGACAGAAGUUCCUCUGAUUUGCCAUGGAACCUACAGCAAGCAUGGCUGGACAAUAACAACACUACAGCAGGGAAAUAUGAAUAUCCCUCCACUCUAUUGACUUGUUCCAGUUCUCUACAUACUCCAAGGUCACACAGCAGAACCGUAUCACAGUUCUCUGAGACGACCUCUUGCAGUGAGCAGAGAUUGACAUCGAAAAAAGAAGAAAAAAUCUCAGAAGAAUGGGGCUUUAAGAAUACUCAAACAGCUCAGCUAAUGCUGAAACGAGCUCAGAAGAUGAAAUCCAAGAAAGCACAGGGAAAAAAAUUGCUUGACCCAACUGUGCGCCUGGCCUUUUUCAAAAACAACAAACUACAUCCUCCUGUGAAGAUACCAGAUAAGAUACGUGCCCGGGUGGAGUAUUUUGGUGCUCAUAAAGGAGAAUUAACUGAUUCAAAACCAGCUUCACCAGACAGACUACGAAGAAGCAGAGAAUUAACCUAUCAAUGGCUUCACACACAGGUUGUCGAUUAUGAAACAACCAGUUCCAGAAUUAUGAAAAACCACCAUUUCCUGCCAGAGCUAGGCCCAGAAAUACUGAAUGGUGGUCGAGUUCAACUCGUGGCAAGUCCUGUAGGUAGAGAAGAACCGGAUUUAGAGGUUGGAUCUGUGAGCAGUGGUAGCAGUAUAAUUCAAUUAGGUGAUGGAUUAAAUCAGAGUCGCUUGAACUCAACAGGAUCGGCAAAAGAAGUUUCCAAACAAUUGAAGACUGGCUCUGCACCUGCAAAGAGGGAGCCCAUAUCCCUUCGGAACAACCCAGUGAACCUGAGUACAGGUUGGGGAAGUGGGAAGAAGCGAGGGAGACCACUCUAAUUACUUUGGCCGGAUUGUAUAUAGCAGUGAAAUAUCAAUAGACUAGUUAGUGAUUACAAAUAUUGUGGCAAAGAGGUCAGGAAUCAUAGCCUGUUUAUGCAGCUUGCCAUACAUAGGAAUUUAAAAUCCCUUUGCAGUAAAAUGAAACAAACAAUUGUUCGACGAGAUUACUUGAUCUAUUGAAAAUGAUACUAAUUGUAAUAUGAACAUAAAGGAAAUAUUUCAAAAACUAUGCCUGGAAAAAAAUCACUGACCCACAAAAUACUGGUCACCUCACAAAGUAAAUGCAUGGAUGUCGGUAGAAUAAAGCAACUCCAGUAGCAAAAUAAGUGCUAACACCUCAUCACAUGGCACCCAGUACCAUCACACUCAGCAGAAUAGUGAUGUGGAAUGGGAAGCCUGCUCUACAUCACUUUGAAUUGUACUUUGGCAGAUGGACAGAAAUUGGGUGUUACUAAAUCGGCUCUUUAAUGACAUUAAAUAUGAACCAUUCGAAGAUCUCCUUUGGAGUGAGCCCAGUGUAAGCCAUUGGGUUUCUACUGCAGUGGAGAUGAAUCACAUGAUUUAGAAGCCACAUUCUCCAGGUGAAGUCCAGAGUGGAGAGUCCAGAGUCCUCAGUCCCUGUUUGUACUGCACAUUUUGCAGGUAAUUGCCCAGUGAUUUGUAACCAAAAUCUUUUCAAUUAUUUUCUACUGUCAUUUACUCAUUUAGACAUGAACAAAUGUAUAUUUCUGGGUGUAUUUCACCCAAGUUAAAUAAUUAUCAGAUCUUCUCAUGAGGGAAAUAAAUCCACAAUGCAAUGUUAACAAUAAACUAGCCUUGAUUUAUUAGAUGCCAUUUAACUUAGCAAUCAACAUGGUUUAUAUACAUAGAAAUAAACUUAUUGAAAAUUGCUUUAAUUAAACAAAGUCAAUUUAUUUGGUAUGUAAUCCUAGCCAACCUUGUAGGAUUUUUACUGAUUAUUUCCUUUUAUAUUUAUUUUUGAUUGAAGACCAGGUAGACAAGACCACAAUGUUCUUUCCUGGUGCUGUAUGUUCCUAUUUUGUGCAGAUGAGUUCCAGUUCAAGCAAAACUGUGAAUGGAUGUUAUGGAACUUAAAUAGUAACUAAAAUUACAACUAUUUUCUGGAGUAAAUGCUACUUUUGUCUUCCCCUUUAAUCAGAAUUGCCUUCAAGAUAAUGAACUCAAUUGAAUGUUUUUGUGAAUUUAAUGCUGGCAAAUUAGUUUAACAAAAUGUAUAUUUCUAAGACUUUGAUCUGCAAAUGUGCUUAGCAAUGCUACAAUAAGUAAUCUUGUAUGAUUUUAUUUGUGCUAUUCUGUACUGUAUUACAUUAUAUUGUUUAGUUAAGUACAUCAUCAAUAAAAAAAACUGAAA